UCGAGGUUCAAGAUACUCUGAGUCCAAGUUGAGCGCUUUCGACGUUCGCAACGCAUUUCCGCGCGACGACACCGAAGCUUGCUGAAAUUUUGUCGCAUCUCGCAAAAAGUUUCGUCGAAUCUUUCGAAUUUUCGUCGAAUUUGUACGCAAAAAGAAAAUCUUAGCAACAUCUAAAACAUUCUAAAAAGAAAUAAGUCCGAAUUUUUUGUUAAUUGUAUUUUUCUGUAUGUAUUGUGUGUGCGUGUGUGUGUGUGUGGCGUGUCAUUGAGAUUUUUUAUUUGUGCAACAACAACAAAAGUGCCUGCAACUGAGAUACAAAUGAAAUACAAAUAUUUAUGCUCGUAAAACGCAUCUAAAAUUCUAUCAAGUGCCAAAGAGAAAACCUUUUUCACACAACAAAAUCUAAAUAAAUAUAUAACCAAGUAAAACACAAAAAAAAAAAGAAAAACAACAAAAAAAAAAAGGGAAAAUCCAUAGGUUUAAUAAUAGAAUAUUCAAAUUUUGAUUGGUAUUCAAAAAUGCACAACUAAAUGAAAAUAGAAUAGAAUACAUGAACAACCGAAAAGUUGUGUGCAUUUGUUCUCGGUGACCAUCGUAGCCGUAUCCGUAUCUUUUCCUGUGUUCUGUGGCACUCACUCUCUGUGUGGAUUCUCGCUGUGACGCCUGCGCAGCAAGCAGCAAGUGGCAAGCAGCCAGAGUCGGCCCGGAGUGAAAUAAUUCUAAUUGGAUACCAAAACGGACACACAGGACAGGAAACGGAAGUUGGCUGCCAUUUGCAGAGCCACUUGGCCAAGAACCUGUCCAUGGAUUUAUGAGAGUGUGCAGCAGAGAGCCGAUCCAUGAGGAGAUCCGUCUGAGGCCACGUCUUCUCUCCGCUUGAGGCGUACAUAUAAAAUGUUUCAACGUCUGCCCGCUGCUGGCGGCGCGGACAUUUACCAGGAUGCUGCUGCUGCCGCUGCCGCCGCUGCCGGCACCACCACGAUGCGCUCCGUGUUCCCCAAUUCCCGCUUGGACUCGCUGGCGGAGAGCCAGCUGCCGGCGCCGCCACCAAUGCCGCCAACGCCCCAGCCAGAUGGAGUCGGAUCCAUCGCUGGUGGGGCUGGGACCGGGGCCGGGGCCGGGGCCGGGGCUGGGGCUGGUGGAUACAAUCCCUUAGACGACGACUGGUGGGCCAACGCCAUCGAGGUGGACACCUUCGACUCCCCGCUGGCGUUCGAUGCCAGCGAGAAUGGUCUGUGGAAUGGACACUUUGUGCCGCCACCGCCGCGUCCUCCGUUUCUGGAUGAAAGCGUAGCCGCUGAUGGCUUGACCACCUGUGAUCUAUGCACGUGGGCAUGGCAGCGGAAUGCCUACUCACUGGAUGGUUCGAUCGAUAAAGCUGGCGAACUUGGAUGGGCAUUCACCCUAAUCAUAGUUUCAAUCAUAUCGGCUCUUAUAGGUGCUAUUGUAAUGGUCAUAGUUCUAAGAUGUAGAAGAAUUAAAUCAGCGAAUGCCAAUGGUGGCCGCCCGCAGCCCUGGUGGUGUCGCAACAACAGGAAUGGCGGCCAGAAUCGAUCGCCCAUCUCCAUAAAGCACUCGGCGGACAGCAUCCGGCGGCCCACAAGCAACUCUGGCGUUUGGACCUGGCUCGGCGGCAGUCGACGCUCUUCCGCUGGCCCCGACCAGAUCGGGCCGCCAUCCACAUCCCCGGCGGAGAACCACUAUACCCACAUGGAUGAUGCCUACAGUCCGGUGGGCGUCAGCGAGGCCCUCUACGCGGAGCUCGACCGGGAGUCGGUGCGCUCCGCAAAUCCCUCGUACCAGAAUACCGCCUACAGUCAGUGUGGUGAGAAGUACAAUUUCCAGGGACACGAACAGGACAUUCCCAUGGUCGUCUCAUCGGCACCGAGCAGUGCCUACUACUCGGAUCUGUCGGUGACGGCCAUGCCCGGCGGCGGUGGCGGGCCAAGUGGCAGCAAUCAGGGGGCCUACGAAAUCGUUGGACUGAACGUGAUGUCACAGCCGCUGCCAAAUUGGGAUCACCAUGGCGGUGGGGCGAAUGCGGGCGGAGGAGGUGGCAUUGCCACCACGGGAUUGAUGCCAGGAGAUGCGGUAGCAGCGGCGGCGGUGGCAGCGGCCAUGACACAGCGCCGAGCGCCACGAUUGGCGGCCAUCAACGAGACGAGCACCAGUACAGUGCCCUCGGAUUAUGUCUAAAAGAAGAGAGAGAAGAGAUUGGAGGAUGUGAAGGAGUGAAGGAAAUGAAUGUGAAAUUGUUCAGCGAGCUUAAAAAUGUUAAUAGCAUAUAGGAAUACCGUUAUACACACCCCAUAGCUUGUAAGAGUAUAAACGAUUUAUAUAAGAUUUAUCUAUGGAUACGAUACCAUCUAUCAUCUACCAUUUACCAUUUACCACUUAGUGCUUAGGAGACGACGACUUGUGUCUUUUGGUUUAUAUAUGAUAUGAUAUGAUAUGAUAUGAUAUGAUAUGAUAUAGGGGAUAUAUUUAUAUGAAUAUACAAGGCAAGAAUGUAUUAUAUAUCUAGUGUUUAUAUAGUCUAUAAGCAACGAUUUAAUCGUGGGUGAUAUUUAGCCUAUAAUAUGCUAUAUUCUUAUGUUCUAUAUGUACUUUAAAGCAUUUUCUAAAAAUGUCAACAUUUUUUCAAUAGCCUUAAGGACGAACGAUGAAGCGAAAAUAGAAGACAGAAGCAAACCGUAUUUCCCCCCAAAAACAUAUACAUAUAUAUAAACGAUAUAUACCAUAUACGAAUACAAAUACGAACACAACAAUAUUUAUAUACACACACACACAACAUAUUUACAGCAAGAAAUACAACCAUUUAGCUCACAGCAAAAAGCAGAUACAGAUCCAGAUGCAGAUGCAGAUAUAUCUAUCUACCUAUCUAUCUAUAAAGAAACAUAUUUACAACGAUUUUAAUGCAACAGAUUUCACAAUAUUUACGCAGUCGUGGGGGAAAUGUGGCAGCAGCAGCAGCUGCAGCACAGUGGCACACACAUCAUAUCAUUUACCACAAUAUUCAAUAUACUAUAUAGCUAUCUAUAUACCGAUAUACACACAGAUCACGAAUCAGAGACUCACCUUUAGCAGAGGUCGCGACGUAUUGUAUUUUAGUUUUUACGAAUAGUAGCUCUCCUCUAAUUUAAAAACAAAAUAAAACACACGCAUUUCCUGUC